AAUAACGUAUCUUGAUUUUAAAGUCAAGAUUGUAAAUAAAUAAAAUGUCAGUAGUGAUUAGGACAGCGAAAACUGGUUUUCUAUAUUAGAAAUAAAUUCAAUUUUUUUUUUUUUUUUAAAUCAACAUUUUGAGUAGAAAAUUUUAAAAACUUGCAAAAGGCAAUAUUAAGCAUCAAGAAUUAAAAUGACUCGAAAGAAGAAUCAUAAACGAUUUCGUCAACAGAAAAAUAACUUAUCUAGUACAAAUGAUCAAUCGCCUUUAAUUGUAUUCCAAUCGCCUGAAACUGAAAGACAAAAAUAUCUUCUCAAUUCUGCAGGAAGAACUCCUGUAAAAACGCCGAAAAAUUUUUUCUUCGAAUCUAAAAUUGAAUAUCAGAAACAACAAACACCAUCAGAUGAUUUAUUUCACACACCAUUAAAAUUGGACGAUUUGGAUAAACUUUUCAGUCCUACAUUUGCACCAAAAAUUCCUAAAUUGAAAUUAGAUUUUGAUAUUCCAGAAAAUGAUUCGGAUAAAGAGGAUUUUACAGUUGAUUCCACGACAAAAGAAUCUAUCACAAAACAAUUAUCAGAGUUUGAUAAUAAUUUAUUGGAAUCGGAGGCUCAAACUUCGAAAUUAGAGACAAACGCAAAUUGGAACUAUUCGCAUAUUUUACCAACAUUAUCACAAUUGGAAUCAUUCAAAGAAUUUACAUCACCUGAAUUUUUACAAAUAACAACAAUUGAAAAUGAUAAAAUAUCAAAUGUCGACUCUAGAAAUAAAAUCAGUGAAUGUGAAAGUGGUUAUGAUAGUAAUUCUCCAACAAAUCAAAAAUUGUCUACAUCUCAUGACAAAGAAAAUAAUGAAACUGUAAUUCAUUCUAUUUCUGCAAUGAAAAUAAUAGAAAAUAAUGAUACUCAUGAGAAUCAAAUUCCAUAUUCAAUCAAAUCACAGGAAGAAUUUUCUAUUUUACCAAAAUUAUCUGAGGUGAUACCACAAAAAAAAUAUUACACUAAUACGUUAAUACUAAAUUCACGAUGCAUAUUGUUUAGACAAUCAAUGUUAAUUUUUAAUAAAUUAAAAAUACCUUUUCCAAAGAUAACAGAGGUAUGUUGGUGGAUAACAAGAAAAAUAGGCGAUUUCAUGAAACAGAUUUUCACACAAGUACCUAAAAAUAAAAAAUCUCGGCUAAUUUCACAAUCAGAAUUAAUACCUGUAGAAAAACAAGAUAUUAAUCAAAUCUUGUCCACUAUUCGAUGUGAAAAUGAGAAAAUUUUAACUGUCUUUUCUUCAGAAAUAAAACAUUUUUCUAAAGAACUAAAUCAGGUUCAAGUAACUAGUGAAAUUACAAUAAAAACCCUCAAAAGUGAAGUAUCAUUUCUUCGUGAUGCCAAUGAGAAAUUAGUACAAAAUAGUUUCACACUAGUUGAAGAAUUAAAAUCGUUACAUGAAACUUUAAAAAAUAUGCAAUUCACUUCAAAAAAUUCUUUACCAAUAUCUCAACCUUUAAUUCAAAAAAUUUCUAACACAAUACCAAUACCUCCACCACCUCCAUUACCUACAUCUUCAAUUCCAUUUAUUCCACCACCACCUCCUCCUCCACCACCUCCCCUUCCCCCAUCAUUUUUCCUGGGACAAAAUGCAAAAACCCCAACAACUCCUAAAAGCAGCAGAAAAUUCAAAAAGAAAACCCCGUCCAAGAAAAAUUCAUCAACUUCAUUAAAUAGACCCAGUAUUACAGUUGAAGAUUUACUAAAAGUUACUUUGAAGAAAGCACCAAACAAUUCAAAGGAGAACAUGAGAAGAAAUUCAUUGCCAGUUCAAAAAGGUCCAUUAAUUUCCCUUGAUAUGUUACAAAGUGUCAAAUUGCGUUCUUCUCGAAGUAGAAACUGUAAUUUCACAACGAAAUCGCCUAGAAGUCGAUCGGUAAUUUUAAAUAAACGAUCAAAGUCUAGUCCAAAAAUGUCACCAGCAUCGUCAAGAUCAGAAAAUCCUUUAGAAAAAAUAUUAAAGCAAGUUGAGUUAAAUAGACCCUCAAGAAGAAAACCCCUUAUGUGUCUAACACAAUGCGAUACAAAUUCUACUCAAAAUCAAACUCAAGUUCCACAACUUAAUUAAAAGAUAAAUUUAAAAAUAAUUAUUUUGACUCUGGUUAAAAACCAAUAGAAGAUCGACGAUUUAAAAAAAAAUAUAUAUAUACAUUUCUCUGCGAGGAUGAUGAUAUUAAAAAAAAAAAAUUCUAUUUAUCUCUAUGAGGAGCGAAAAAACGCAAUGUGAAGACACAUUCAAUAAAGAAAUAUUUUGAUA